AAUAGCUGGUAUUAAAUAUGAAUUUCUUGUAGGAGCUGAAUUGAAUUGUAGACGAGAGUGAAAUUUAAUAUAUUUAUAUUAAUCAUAUACACCAAUCAUAGAAGAUGAUGACUUAAGAUUAGAGGUUGUAUGAUCUGAGCAAAUUAAAAUUAUUGAAAACCUAUACAAUUUUAUUCUGUAUAAAUCAUCUUAAAUUAACUGUAUCUUUUUAGUUUCUUCACCAAUCAUGAAUCAUGGGGGUUUCAUUUUCUAGUAGAAUCUUCAAGAGUUGAUAGAAAGAAGGCAGUGUCUGUUAGUAUCUUAGAUUGUAGAGAAUUGACGUUAUUUGCGUGUUCUUUCUAAAAAUGGGUGUUCCAUUUACUACUAUCAGCUUCUAUCUUUUUAGUGUGCUAUUUCUUGCUGAUAAUUUGUCAUCUCAUCCUCUUUGCAUUGACUCGAGCUAUCCUAUAACUUUGAAGAACCCUUUAAAAUUUUGCCCUUACAAUGGGAGUUCAUGCUGUGAUUCCACACAGGAUGUGCAACUGCAGAAGCAAUUUCAGUCCAUGAAUGUAUCUGAUCCUGCCUGUGCCUUUAUUGUGAAAUCUAUCCUUUGUGCUAGAUGUGAUCAAUUUUCAGCGGAGUUGUUCAGAGUUAAUAGUGUGCCUCGUUCAGUUCCUAUUCUGUGCAACUCUACUUUGUCACCAACAUCACCACAGUCCAGUCAAGCAGUGAGCAACUUUUGCUCAAAAGUAUGGGAUACAUGUAUGAAUGUGUCAGUAUUGAAUUCACCAUUUGCACACUCGUUACUACGUCAGGGCGGAUCAUCAGUAAAUUCCAGUAUUACCAAGAUCACAGAAAUGUGGCGGUCAAAAACUGAUUUCUGCAAUGCCAUGGGUGAAGCUUCAAGUGAUGGAUCAUUAUGCUUUGGUGGAGAACCUGUUUCUUUUAAUAAUACUGCAGAGCCCCCAAGUAGCCCAUCUGGUUUGUGCCUUGAGAAAAUUGGAAAUGAAUCUUACCUUAGUAUGGUGCCUCAUCCUGAUGGCUCCAACCGAGCUUUCUUCUCCAACCAAAAAGGAAAAAUUUGGCUGGCAACGCUUCCACGAGAAGGUUCAGCUGGAGUAAUCGAGUUUGAUGAAUCAAGCCCCUUUCUGGAUUUAAGUGAUAUAUUACAUUUUGAUGCUGAGUUUGGAUUGAUGAGCAUAGCUACUCAUCCAAGGUUCACUGAGAAUAGUCGUUUCUUUGCUUCAUUCAAUUGUGAUAAGACAUUGGGGCCUGGAUGUGAAGGGCGUUGUGCAUGUAAUUCUGAUGUAAACUGCGAUCCCUCAAAGCUACCACCUGAUAAUGGUGCGCAACCUUGCCAAUAUCAAAGUGUCAUCGCUGAGUUUUCUGUCGGUGGUACCAAUAUCCAGCCAUCAAUGGCAAGCUCUGUUAGCCCGGCAGAAGUCAGAAGAAUAUUCACCAUGGGCUUGCCAUUUACAUCUCAUCAUGGUGGACAAAUUCUUUUUGGUCCAGAUGGGCAUUUGUACUUCAUGAUGGGAGAUGGAGGAGAAAGUGGUGAUCCCUAUAAUUUUUCUCAGAACAAGAAAUCGUUGCUUGGUAAAAUCAUGAGGUUUGAUGUCAACAACUCCCCAAGUGCUGCAGAAAUGAGUAUAGAGGGUUUAUGGGGAAACUACACUAUUCCGAAAGACAACCCAUAUGUCAACGAUAGUCAGUCGCAACCUGAAAUAUGGGCGUCUGGAUUAAGGAAUCCUUGGCGAUGCAGCUUUGAUGCUGAAAGGCCUUCAUACUUUAUGUGCGCUGAUGUUGGACAGGACAAGUUUGAAGAAGUGAACAUAAUCACAAAGGGUGGAAACUAUGGUUGGCGAGUUUAUGAAGGCCCCUACAGUUAUACUCCUCUAACAUCACCCGGAGGAAAUACGUCUUUGAACUCUAUAAACCCUAUUUUCCCUGUGAUGGGUUACAACCAUUCCACUGUGAGUUCAAAAGAGGGAUCAGCAUCAAUUACUGGAGGUUAUUUUUAUAGGUCUAAAACUGAUCCUUGUAUGUCUGGCAGGUACUUAUAUGCUGAUUUAUAUGGAGAUGCUAUGUGGGAAGGCUCUGAAUAUCCCAAAAACAGUGGGAACUUCACCUCUAGAUUACUUUCCUAUAGCUGUGCUGCAGACUCUCCUAUAAAGUGUAGCUCUGUCCCAGGAAGUUCAACACCGGCCCUGGGUUACAUUUUCUCAUUCGGGGAAGACCUGAAUAAAGAUGUUUAUGUCCUGACUAGCAGUGGUGUUUACCGAGUUGUUCGUCCAAGUCGUUGUAAGUAUGCCUGCUCCGAAGAAAACACCACAGAUGUUGCUGCCCUUUCACCUGCUCCAUCGCCGUCUCCUUCACACUCACAAGCCACCCAGUUGAGCAAACACCUAUGCAUGAGUUUAAUGAUUUAUUUGUCCUCCUUGGUCCUUUUUAUGAUGAAUUGCCUAGAUAUGUGAACAGUUUGUACAUAAAUUUUAUUUUUCCAAAUUGGAAAGAUUAUUAUAAUUAGUAGAAGAAAUUAAGUCCUUUUAUUUUUUAUUUUAUUUUUUAUUUUUAUUUUUUAUGGAAGAAAUUAAGUUGAUUUUAUCAAUCCAAUUGCAUUUUUUUUUUGUUUAUUUUACCAAUCUAGCAUAGCACUCUUCCUCAUUUGUUUCUCAUUUCAUGUCAUCAUCAACUUAUAAUAAUAAUAAAAAAAAAAGUAUCCAUACAAGAUUCGAACAUGUAACCUUCAAUAAAAACACGACUACGGAAGUAGUGAACCAACGCAUAGCUCAAGCCCAAAUACUAGUUUUCAUCGUCAAAACUUAGAAAUCUUCCCUUAUA